AGCCAGCAGCAGAGCAACAUUCGUGGAUAAACUCAGCGUCGACUCCGGAAACAACAUGAAGAUCUAUGCUCUAACUUUGCCCGUGCUACUGGCGGCCAGUCUGUUGGCGCCCGGCGAGGCGACCUUCAGCAAGCUGGGCCUGGUGCUGGGCGGCGCUGGCGGCGGCUAUGGCGCUGCCUAUCCAUAUGCGGGCGCCGGAUACGGCGGCGGCUACGGCGGAGGCUAUGGUGGAGGCUACGGCGGCGGCUACGGCUAUGGCAAUGAGAAUGUGGUCAAGGUGAUCAAGGUAUCGGUGCUGCCAAGCGGUGGCUAUGGAGGCGCAGGCUAUGGCGCCGGCUAUGGCGCUGGCUAUGGCGGCGGUUAUGGCGGCGGCUUUGGAGGCGGCCUUGGCGGCGGCUAUGGCGCUGGUUACGGCAGUGGUGGCUUUGUUGGCGCUGCGCCAGCCAUAUCCACAUCGGCAGUGGUCACGCCCGUGGUCACGUCUGUGGCCACGCCGGUUAUUGCCGGCGGCGCUGGCUAUGUGGGCGGCGGCGGCUUUGGCGGUGGUUAUGCAGGCGGCGCACCGCUGCCGGCUUCUUAUGGCUUUGGCGCUGGCUACGGUGCCGGCGGCGGCUUUGGACUUGGAUUCGGUGCGCCUGCUGCCUUGGGCGGUGGCGGCUGGUGCUAG